AUGGACUGUUGUCAAGUCACGGACGCGUGCUCCUCUAUAAUUUACCUCAUAUCAAGACUUUACUUUUUUGUUGUGACAGUCAUUUUCUAUGUGGUGAACAUUUUCAAAACAAAACACGUCGUCCCACCGACUUCUGAUGAUCUUCUGUUGAUCAGCGCUACGGAGGCGGUGAAACGAAUCGCCCGGAGAGAGAUCACUUCAGAAGCACUUGUGCGAGCGUACAUCCAUCGUAUUGAGCAGGUGAACGAUGUGAUCAACGCUGCUGUCGUCCGGUUAUUUGAUGAAGCGACCAGAAAAGCACUCGAGAUAGAUAGGGAGAUCGCACAGAUGGACAGUGAACGAUUGGAAGAGCGCAUACAAUCCGAACCGUUGCUGGGUGUACCGUUCACUGUAAAAGAUGCUUUGGAAGUUGAUGGACAAAUCAUCACUUGCGGCGUUUACAAUCACAGAGAAAAUAAAUGCACUCAGAGUGCUGAAGUGAUUAAAAGAAUGGAAGCUGCUGGUGCAAUUCUCAUUGCUAUUACGAAUGUACCAGAGGCAUGUUAUUGGGUGGAAUCUUCAAAUGGAAUUUAUGGCUUAUCGAAGAAUCCAUACGACACACGGCGAUCCGUAGGUGGAAGCAGUGGUGGUGAAGGAGCGUUAAUCAGUGCGGCAGGUAGUUUGAUUGGUAUUGGCAGCGACAUUGGCGGCAGCAUCCGCAUUCCAUCAUUUAUGAACGGUAUAUUCGGGAUGAAACCUACAUCAGGUGUCAUCCCUCUUGACGGGCACGUGCCGAUGCCAAAAGAGUUCCAGAUUCAAAUGCUUCGAAUUGGGCCGAUGUGUCGUUACGUGGAAGAUGUUCCUUUACUGAUGGAGGUAAUGGGAGGCGAACGAGCAGUUGAUCUACAUCUAAAGGAAAUGGUAGAUUUCAAGAAAGUCCGCUUUUUCUAUAUGGAAGGCAUUCAACACACACCAAAAACUCAAUCGCUUAGCUCUGAGAUGAGAUGCACGUUAUUGAAGGCUGUCUCGUAUUUCGAACAGAAAUUCGAUGUGGAAGGAAUUCGUCUAGACCUGCCUCUAGCCUCAAACGCAAUCGAAAUGCUCUUCUCUUGCAUUCAAGCUGAGAACACUCCGACAAUUUCUGAGUCGUUCAAAAGUUUGAAGGGCGACAGAGGAAGUUUGAAGUGGAUGACCGAACUACCGAAAUUACUUGCCGGGAAAUCGGUGCACACUCCUGGCGCAUUAUUCUUGUCAUUCUUUGAAAACAUGGAUAGAAGCAGCGAAAAGGAGAAAGCCAAGUUCCGAAGAUUACGCGAUCGACUAGCUCGGCAAGUUACUGAGACCCUUGGUGAUGAUGGUGUACUCCUUUUCCCAUCGUGGCCUACGACCGCCCCCUAUCACCAUCAGACUGUUUUCACUCCGUUUAAUACCGCAUACACUGGCCUUUUCAAUGCGCUAACCCUGCCCGUAAUCACGUGCCCAAUGGGAUUGGAUAGGAACGGACUACCACUGGGCCUUCAGAUAGUUGGUGCGCGCAACUCCGACCGCCUACUCAUCGCUGCCGCUCAGCAGCUUUCACAAGCCUUCGGUGGUUGGACACCUGCAUGGUCUCAGUGA